GUAAAGUAACGAUUUUCGCUUCCGACUACGGUGAUCGUCGCACUUCCGAAAACCGAAACUCAUUUUCGCUCGAGGGUUCCUGGCCAUCCUUUAGCCCGCUACAGCAAAUCUCAAAAGUUGAGUUCUUCUAUCAAUUGAUUCGUUUUGGACGAAGAUUGAUGAUAUUAAGGCUCAGUAUAAGUGGGUAAAAGAAUUCAGCACCAGCAUAUUUCGGUUUGCACUUGAUUUUUUUGCGUGACCGCUGUUCGUAGUGAAAGCACCUUGGAUCUAUAUAAGACAGCAGGAAAGCGGAAGUUUUUGGCCGUAACUUAUAGAAAGUUAGAUUUGGAACAGUAACUGCUGUAUUCUCCCUUCGUUUGAACGUCUUCAGUAAAGUGCAUUUGUUGCUUGCCUGCCAAGAAAGAAAUCUGCUGUUUUUACUUUGGUUAAGGAUCUUUGGAGGUUUUGGGUACCUUUUUCUUAUUGUCUUUAGUUUUUUUCCCUUGCAUUCAUAAUUUUUAAAAGUGAAAAGCAUCAAUAUGUCUGCAUUGUUAACGUUGAAAAAGCGCCUCAGCGCUUGCCGUCGACCUUCUCAGUUUCGACUGGAAACCAGUUUAAACCCAAUGGAUACUUUCCGUUUGCUGAAAAAUACAAAAUGGUCAUGGAUUCAUCUUCAGUAUGUUAUAUUGUUUGGUGUCCUAGCUUUUUGCUUUGCCGUCGUUCAAUUUCCUGGAUUUUGGGGUAAAAUAGGAUUUUCGAUUCUGUUGGGUACCGCUUUGACAGUUCCUUUGACCCGGCAAAUCUUUUUCCCAGCUAUUGUCAUUAUCACUUGGGCUAUCCUAUUUUAUUCUUGUCGUUUCGUUCCUGAGCGCUGGCGCCCUCCUAUUUGGGUUCGUGUUCUGCCAACGCUCGAAAACAUUCUUUAUGGUUCCAACCUCUCAAAUAUUCUAUCGAAAAGCACACACAGUAUCUUAGAUGUACUUGCUUGGCUUCCGUACGGUGUCGUUCAUUACUCGGCUCCUAUCGUUAUUUCAUUUAUCCUUUUCAUUUUUGCUCCUCCUGGAACCCUUCCGGUGUGGGCUCGUACUUUUGGUUACAUGAAUUUGAUUGGUGUUCUCAUACAAAUGAUAUUUCCUUGCUCUCCUCCUUGGUAUGAGGACAUAUAUGGACUUACGCCUGCUACAUAUGCUAUUAGAGGCUCUCCUGGUGGCCUUGCCAGAAUUGACGCAUUGUUUGGUACAUCAACAUAUACGACUGGUUUUAACAACUCGCCGAUUGUUUUCGGCGCUUUUCCUUCCUUGCAUGCUGGGUGGGCUAUGCUUGAAGCUCUUUUCCUUUCUCAUGUUUUCCCCAAGUAUCGUUUUUGUUUUUAUUUUUAUGUGUUGUGGCUUUGUUGGUGUACAAUGUACUUAAACCACCAUUACUUUGUGGAUCUAGUAGGAGGUAUGUGCUUAGCAUUGACUUGCUUUGUCAUUGCUCAGAAGUUGCGCUUGCCUCAGGUUCAAACUGGUAAAAUCUUACGUUGGGAAUACGAGUUUGUCAUUCAUGGCCAUGGACUAUCAGAAAAAUCCAACUCUAAUAUGGUCAAUACUGGUAGUCCCUAUCUUCUUGGGAGAGAGUCAUUCGACCAAAAUCCUAGUGCUGUAGCAUUUUUGAAUGGCUUGAACAACUUGGAACUUGCAGAUGUUGACCAUGACUGGUCUAUUGAUUCUUCUUCGCCUUCGAGAUUGCCUAGUCCAGCCGCUACCUCUACUGGCAAAGCAUCUAAUGUUUCAUCAUCUAUUUUUGAUGCAAGCCAUAUACCUUAAUGGAAGCUCAUCAUUCUUUCAUACCUGUACAGUAAACUGGUUUCCGUGCAACUGUUAUUUACCGAACCAUCAUCACGCAGACAAAAUGGAACACUAAUAUUUGUCAAUCUGCGAAUGGAUUGGUGGUUCGUGCUGGUUUUUUAUCUUCACAAAGUUGAAUUGUCUUUCUUUUCCGUUCAUCAUUAUAAUUUUAUUUUUAAUUUGGGUGACUUUGAAAAAGUUUCUAUUCUUGACAGCUUAAUCUUUUAUUAUAACAUCAUUUUAUGUAUUAUUGUGGGUUGGUUUCAAAUAUUUAUUAACGUAUUGAUUAAUUUCGUUAUGUACCAUUUCAUUGAAGAUAAUUAUCCCAAUUCUGUUGGUCUUUAGACAAUAAGGAUCCAAUUUAAUUCAGAUUGCUGUGAUUACUUUCGUCUAGCAUAGUUAACUCUGGUUUAUAUUUUUGAUUUCAAGACCGUUUUCAGACAAUUACAAUCGUUGCUUAUGUCAAUGCCUGUUUUCAUCAAAUUUAAUAUACUUUAAAUACCGAUAAUAAACCUCAAUAAGAACUACCACGG